CAGGCGCUGCCCUCUGAACUGGAACGGAAAGCAGCUUCCGGUUGCAGUCGUUCGGCCAGGAGCCGGCGACCCGCGGUGAGAGAGUGUGGCGGAAACCCUGAACUUGUUGUCUGUGUCAUGGUUUUUAUGUCAAGUUCUGCUAUCUACAAGGAACCUAGGAGAAGAUCCUGUCUUUGUUCUUAAAUAGUUACAAGGGCUGGAGAGAUUGUUCAACAGGUCAGGCCUAUACAAAGAGUCCAAGAGGAGGGACUAAGGAGGAGCUGUGACCCCACAACAGUCUCUGCUGGUUCAGCUGGAGACCUGGCACUUACUCCAUCCUUUAUAGUGAUGCUACAGGACAAAGCGGAAUGGAUAAAAAUAUUGGUGAGCAGCUCAAUAAAGCAUAUGAAGCCUUCCGACAGGCAUGCAUGGAUAGAGAUUCUGCAGUAAAAGAGCUACAGCAAAAGCAGACUGAGAAUUAUGAGCAGAGAAUACGUGAGCAACAGGAACAGCUGUUACUUCAACAAACUCUCAUUGACAAGCUACAAUCACAGUUACUUCUUGUCAAUUCCAGUCGAGAUAACAGUUAUGGCUGUAUUCCCUUGCUUGAAGACAGUGAACCAAGGAAGAAUUUGACUCUUGAUCAACUACAUGAUACAGUUUUGAAACCAGGAACAUCAAGAGAUAAACACUCAAAGGUAAGAAGACAAGAGAUUUCUUCUUCUAGAAAAGAAACCUCACCAGGGAGUCCUGGCAUUCCUUUAUCCCAUGAAAGAGAUAUUAUAGAGAAGACUUUCUGGGAUCUAAAAGAAGAAUUUCAUAGGAUAUGCAUCCUAGCAAAAGCACAAAAAGACCACUUAAGCAAACUGAAUAUACCAGACACUGCAGCAACUGAAACACAGUGCUCCGUGCUUAUCCAGUGUACAGAUAAAGCAGAUGAAGAAGCAAUGUGGUUUAAGCCUCAGGCUAAAGAUGAUAUAAAUAGAGGUGCACCAUGCACCACAUCUGUCACACCACAAGGACUGGUCCGAGAUGAAGAAGACACCUCUUUUGAAUCACUUUCUAAAUUUAAUGUCAAGUUUCCACCUAUGGACAGUGAUUCUGUUUUCUUACAUAGCACUCCAGAGAGACCCGAUAUCCUUGGUCCUGACACAGCUGAGGCAGUGUGCCAGGAAAAAUUUAAUGUGGAGGCCCAAGACAACCCAAGAAACUUUGUUAAAACAGAAGAAACUUUAUUUGAAUUUCAGAGAAUUGACCCUAUAGCUUCAGCUAUCCACAACCUUAGAACAACUGACAAAACAAAACCUUCCACUCUUGUAAACACUUGUAUCAGGACAACUGUGGACGCAGCCUCAUGUUUGCCACCUGGAGACCAUAAAGCGUUGUAUGUCAGUACAUUCCCACUUCAGGACCCCUUCGAUGCACCUUUCCCCUCCCUGGACUCCCCAGGAAAUGCCAUCCGAGGACCACAGCAGCCCUUGUGGAAGCCCUUUCCUAACCAAGACAGUGACUUAGUGGUACUAAAUGACACAGAUUCAGAACUCCUCAUACGUCGAGUAUGUGAAUUCUGUCAAACGUCUUUCCCACCAUCCAUUACAUCCAGGGGGGAUUUCCUCCGGCAUCUUAAUUCACACUUUAAUGGGGAGACUUGAUUCACAUUUGCAGACAAACAUAACAAGUUCUGUGUGAUGGUUUGGGGUUUGUAAUACUAAAAUAUCUAUGAUUGUAAUCAAAUUUAAGAUCAUCUAUUAAAAAAAAACCUAAUGUAGCCGGGUGUGGUGGCGCACGCCUUUAAUCCCAGCACUCGGGAGGCAGAGGUAGGAGGAUCGCCAUGAGUUCGAGGCCACCCUGAGAC